AUAAUUAGUAGGAGAGAUCUUUAAAAACAACCAGUGGAUUGAAACGCUUCCAGCCCGAGUGGAUAACGAUUAAAAUUCCUCUCAAAUCACCAAUUCUGUCAGCUUGUAAAUAAACACAUGUUGUAGAUUUGGUCAAACAGGAGGAAUUACUGCAGGAGAAACAACUGACAUACUAUAGUAAAGAUGGAGAUUGAGGAAGAACCCUGCAGAAUAAAAGAUGAAGAGACAGAGGAACGAAUAGCUGACGUUUAUUAAUGUAUCUGCAACUAGUAAGGUUUGAGUUAAAGGAAGAACCCUGCGGAAUAAAAGAUGAAGAUACUGAGGAACCAAUAGUGAAGGUGGAGGUUUCGGAUGAGCACUGCAGAAUAAAAGAUGAAGAGACAGAGGAACAAAUAGGCCCUGCGGAAGUGGAUGAACACAAACCGCCUCACCGUUUCACAGAUGAAGAUGGAAAUGCCGCCAUUUCCCAUACUGAACAGAAUCAAGACAGUAAAAUUAAAAGGACGUUCAUCUGCUCGGAGUGUGGAAGGAGUUACAUGCAUAAAUCCACUCUUAAAGCACACAUGAAAGUUCACACUGAGGAAAAACAGUAUGCAUGCGCUCAGUGUGAAAACAGCUACAUGAAUAAAUCCGAGCUCAGCAGCCACAUGAAAGAUCACAACGGAGAAAAGCAGUUCGCGUGCUCUCACUGCGAAAAGACCUACAAGUAUAAAUCGGUGCUCAGCAGACACAUGAGAGUUCACACUGGAGAGAAACCGCACGUGUGCUCAGACUGCGGGAAGACUUUCAGUUCAACGAGUAAUUUAAACACACACCGGAGGAUUCACACUGGAGAGAGACCCUACACGUGUUCGCAAUGUGGAAAGAGUUUCACCAGCUCGUCGACGUUGAAAGUACAUCAGAAAGUUCACACUGGAGAGAAGCCGUAUCAGUGUUCGCACUGUGGGAUGUGUUUCUCUUAUCCGUCAACGCUGAAAGUUCAUGAGAGGAUUCAUACUGGAGAAAAGCCGUAUCGUUGCUCCUCAUGUGGGAUGAGUUUUGCUCUUUUUCACAGUCUACAAAGUCAUGAGAAGAAACACUGCCUAGGUUAUCCCAUUGAGCAAAUUUAAAGCUGCAGUAGGUGAUUGUGCUGUUGCGCUGCUUGAAAGUCUCUUCACAUUCAAUUCAAUUUCAAUACACCUUUAUUUGUAUAGCGCUUAUACAAUGUAGAUUGUGUCAAAGCAGCUUCACAUAACAGGUCACAGUAAAUAGGAACAGUGUAGUUCAGUUUGUAGUGUAUAAGUUCAGUUCAGUUGAGCUCAGUUCAGUGUGGUUUAAUAAUCACUACUGAGAGUCCAAACACUGAAGAGCAAUCCAACGAUGCGCAGCUCUACAGAUCCCGAACCAUGCAAGCCAGUGGCGACAGCGGAGAGGGAAAAAAAACUUCACUAAAUGGCGAAAGUGAAGAAAAAAAAAACCUUGAGAGAAACCAGGCUCAGUUGGGCACGACCAUUUUAAUUUCUCCGCUGGCCAAACGUCUUGUGCAGAGCUGCAGUCUCAGUGGCGGAGGCUGGAAGCUGGCCUCAGCGAAGACUCGUCUGUCUCUGGAGCGUCACAGGAAUCAGUCUCAUGUUCUCCACUCCUCCAUGACCACCACAGUACCUGCUCAGGAUACGGCCAGGUCCAGGAUUAUGGAAACCUUGGGAUCAUCUCGUUGUUGGUCUUGGAUCGAAUCAGUGACUCUGCAUAGUCUGAGGGCCUCGGGAAGAGUAUCCCCAGGUGGAAAUGGAGAAUAAAGAAGAUAAUUAGCGUAGCUGAUGUUCAUAGUGUAUAUAAACUAGAUGCAGAUCCUGUGUGGAAGCCCCCUAAGUGGUGCACUAAGUGUACGCUUUACUGAACAGAUAGGUCUUUAAUCUAGUUUUGAAUUGGGAGAGUGUGUCUGAGCCUCGGACGUUAUCAGGAAGGCUAUUCCAGAGUUUAGGAGCUAUAAAUGAGAAGGCUCGACCUCCUUUACUCGACUUUGCUAUUCUAGGUACUACCAGAAGCCCUGAGUUUUGAGACCUUAAAGAGCGAGUUGGAUUGUAGCGAGACAGAAGAUUGGUUAGAUAAACAGGAGCUAGAUUAUUUUCACAUUCCAAUAGUACUGAUUAAAGUAAAUGAUCUAAAUGUGUUUUCGUAUUUUAAUAUUCUGGGUGAGCAUCUGCUGCGUCAAACAUAUGCUGGAGUAGUUGGCGGUUCAUUCCGCUGUGGAGACCCCUGAUAAAUAAGGGAUUUAGGAAAAUAAUUGAAGGAAUGCGUUUUCAAUUCAUUCAUAUGGAAAUUGAGCGUGUAUACUCAAGCAGUGCAUUAUGGGUUUGAAAGUGGCAUGGAGAAAACGCUUAAAAAAGCAACCACUUUAACACAGAGUGGAGUUUAUUUAUAAACUAAUUUCGAGAGGAUCAUGUGCUUAUUAUUGACACGGCUGGCCCCGAGUCAAGCUAAUGUACAAACCACCAAUCAGAUGAUUCCUAACUCAAUAUAAAUAACCAAGCAUCUUACCUUUAGUCAUCUUCGUCUUGAAGAAUCCCCCCUUCCACCCCCUCUCCUCCUCUUUUUCCUCUAUAGGGCAGCACGAUGGCCUAGUGGCUAGCACUGUGGCCUCACAGCAAGAAUGCCUCUAAUUCGGGUCUCUACCCGGCUGCACAGCAUUUCCAUAUGGAGUUCAUGUUCUCCCCGUGCUUGCGUGGGUUUUCCCCGGGUCCUCCGGUUUCCUCCCACUGUCCAAAAACAUGAGACAUAAGUAAAUUGACUAAACCAAAUCAGCACCAUAGUCAAAUUCCACCAGCAACACACCCUCAUAGCAAUCUUUAAGCAGCAGGAGCGGGGGGGUUCCUCAAGAUCUACCUGAGCUCAAACUCCCCUCUCGCCCUGCAAAUGGGAGGGAGCCCAGGGCUCGAGGAUCUCAUGAGCUCAGGGCUCUCUCCCAGGACAGCAUGCCAAACUAGCUUAUUACCAAUCAUCAGCUAAGUGUGAACUCUUGAAUAACAGUAAGAAUAAACAGCAAAAGAAAGUCCAAGGUACUCGAAAAAUGUUAAAUAAAUAAAUAAAUAAAUAAAUAAAAAGUUUUUCGAGUGCCUUGGAUGUUCUUUUGCUGUUUAUUCUGAUGAAUUCCUUACCCAAGAAGCGCUGAUACAUUAAUUGAGCUAACCCUGAGCACUUCUUGUUUGAUUUUGAGCAAUAAGAAUAAGCUACGGAGAAGUAGAAGUUAUGCAAUAGGAAAUAAAAGCAAAUAUAAAGUAUUUAAAGACUUUUAAUAUAGAGUAUGUAGUGUUCUGAGUGUUUGGGGAUUGCUGAGCUGAAAUCACUUACAUGUAGACACGUAUGAUAAUGUAUUCCUUCUCACUCUCAGUUUGCACAAACAUCCUAUUCAAAGUAUAUUGGAUAGUGCUUUUUUGCCGGUUGCCAGACUGACAACUUUCACUUUUUCAUUGUGAACCACGUAGGCCUGUGUGUUCAUGCAUUGAUCUAGCACGUGUGACCAUAAUAAAUCUGUAAACAUGCUGUCUUCUACCAAAAACAUGUGUGCAGCCCUAAAUCUGACAUUCUCCAGAUCAGUGGCAUUGUCAGUAGCACUCGUGGAUUUGACACUGUAUUGAAAUGCACUGUAACAGCUCAGCUAAUGUUUAUGUUGGUAAUAUUUGUAUUAUUUGCUCAUUAAAAAUCACCUCAUGUGGAUUUUUAUAACUCUGAAUCUGCGUCUCUUUUCGGAGGUUGCAUUUUGGAUCAUGCCCACAUUUAUGCAGCCUUCAAGACUGAAAUGAAAUGCGUGCUUUUUCCGCCAAGGCAACCCGGAGUGCUGAAAUAUAAUUGGUUAAUCCGGCAGUGGGCUGGUUAUAGAGUCCAAAACAAGUAGUCAGUUUUGUUUUAGUUAAAUAGUUUUGUUAUACUAAUAAAAACAGAACAAAACCAUGUACUAAUAGGCUUAAUAAACAAACUGAACCUACGUUUAAAUGUAGUCAAAGUAAAUUUUU